GUAUUUCGACACGCUCGGUGAACUCUAAUACUUCAUAAUAUAUGCAAACAUCUUUGAGACAAACAUCGAAGUUACUCCUCGUCAGAGAGACAUCAUUCGAAACAAUGUGUUGUAAGGUACUUCGCGACGAAUUCCGUCUCGUUCAGGCCCGUCUACUGUAUCCAAAUGCAGACGAUUUUGUUCAGUCACCGGUGAGUUCAUCUAGAUAUUUAUAAUGCUAGAGUAAUUGCGCAACGACGUAUUGUUGCUGAUGUACAGUUCAGAUUGUUGGAUUUGAUUACAGAUAAGCUUACAUAUUGCACUGUACACAUAUAAUCGUUUUACUGUAUCGCAUCUGACAAGUAUAGUCGUUUUAUAGGGUUUUGGGACUAAUCGUGACACAUCUCAAAUGAGUUUUUAAACUUGUGUGUGUUCCAUUUAAGCGGCUUACUGAAUGACUUAGUCUAGAAAAUUUCCCUUUCUCUAAAUCGAGAGCACACAUAGAGUAUUAAAGGAAUUUGAUUUAAGAAGUGUUUGAUUGGGGAUAUUUGAUUCCACCAUAAGUUAUGUCAAACUAUUUGUCUUGAGAAUAGAAUUAUUUCAUUCGUCUUGAAUUAGUGUCGAAAGUUCAAGUGAAGACUUCGAUAAACAUUUGCAUGUUUUCACCCGUUAAUUAUUAGCCUUUUAGGGAAAGGUCGGGUUCAAAUUAACCACAGCAUGAAUACUGUGCGAAGACGAAAACCUUUUUUGCACUAGUAAUAAUUUAUCAUAAUAAUAUAUGGUAUUGUCUUACGAAAGCUAUAGCCUGAACCUCCGGAAUUACUGAGCAACCUAAAGCAGUGAAAAAAACAAAUCAGAAAUCUUCGGAAACUUGCGCGACCUCGAGCCAAUAUCGAUUUGCGUUACGCAAUUUUUAGCUUCAAAACCUCGGCAAAUCAAUUUCCUUCACUAACUAUGCUUUUCAAUACUUUGCUUGUGCGACGCGGAGUACGAGAGCCCUCAGCUCAGGUGUUUUUCUCUUGGCAUUUUCUAGGCGUUCAAAGGCAAACAUGAGACGACAGCGUGUCACGCUUUCCUCGUACUUUCCUCACGCUCCAUCCCGCUUUGCUUGAGCUUCCACGCGCUUCCUCGCGCUUCCACAUGCUUUCCUCCGCUAACCUUAAAAAAGGGGGAAGAAAUGAAAAGAAUCCUGAAUGAGGAGAAUCUAUAGAUAAAUUUUCCAAGGCAUUUUUUUCUUUCAGUGGUUUGGCACGCUAUUUGUCCUGAUGUACCGUUUCGUCAUUGCUGUGUUCUGCUUAGGAUGGACGAUAGCAAGUAUGACUCUCUUUGAAUCUUGGUUUAUUUGGCUGAGCAACUGGAGUUUUUACCUUGUUACGGUGUACUUCACUUGUGCGACUAUAGUGACAGCCAUCCACUACAAGAGAGAUCGCAGGACAACAGGAAAUGGCAGUGGCGCUGGACAUGAAAAAGAUUCCGGUGGUGACACACCUAAGGAAAUGACUGACUGUACAGUAGAACGCAGGAGAGACAAAGACGUCUAUUGUAACGGAGGAUCCAACACUGACACAAAAGGCGGAGAGGUCACCUUCACCGCUGGCUCCCAGACUCCGAGCGCUACGCCGAUGGCUUGGUUCCACGAAGCCUUGUGGGUAAUUUACAACAUAGCAGCUACGGCCGCUUUUCUGGUUACUAUCUCAUUCUGGACUUUGAUUUACGGCUCAGGUAUCAAUAAUAACGUAACUCCUUUUGGAAUUGUUGUGCACGUGAUUAACGCCAUUGUAAUCAUUGCGGAUACCAUGCUGACGUCAAUGCCCGUGCGGUUGUUGCAUGUUGUUUACCCGAUGUUCUACAGCGUAGUCUACAUUAUCUUUACAGUUAUUUACUGGGCGUCCGGUGAUGGUAUGCGUUAUAUCUACCCCCAGACUGAUUACACAGGAAGACCAGUUUUCUCCGCCUUGUCGAUCGUAGGACUUUUACUCAUCGGCCUUCCAUUAUGUCAAAUUAUUUUGUUUUGCUUCUAUUGCAUUCGAGUCUGGAUGAAAACCAGACGGGGCUAUUGUUUCAGUUAA